GAGGACGGAGCCGGCCCACAAUGCCCCGCGGCAUGGAGCAGUACAUCGUGCUGGGCCGCAUCGGGGAGGGCGCGCACGGCGUCGUGUUCAAGGCCAAGCACCGCGAGGUGGGACCGGGGACCGGGGACCGGGGCCUGGGGGUCGGUAACGCGGCCCGGCGGGGCCUCCCUGACACCCCCGUGUCCCCCCAGACCGGGGAGCUGGUGGCCCUCAAGAAGGUUCCGCUGCGGCGCCCCGAGGAGGGGCUGCCCCCACAGACCCUGCGCGAGAUCAAAGCCCUGCGCGAGAUGGAGGCCCACCCCCAUGUGAUCCGGCUCCGUGCCGCCUUCGCCCAGGGCCCCGCCGUGGUCCUGGCCCUGGAGCUGCUCGUUGGGGACCUGGGGGGGCUCCUGCGGGCGGCCCCGGCCCCGCUGCCCCCGGCCCGGGUGAGGGCCCUGCUGGCCAUGACCCUGCGGGGGCUGGGCCACGUGCACGGCCAGCGCCUGCUGCACAGGGACCUCAAGCCGGCCAAUCUGCUGCUGGACAGCGCCGGGCGCCUCAAGCUGGCGGAUUUCGGGCUGGCGCGGGUGCUGGGCCCGCCCUCGGGGCGCCCCUACAGCCACCAGGUGGCCACCAGGUGGUACCGAGCCCCGGAGCUGCUCUACGGCGCCCGGCACUACGACGAGGGCGUGGAUCUGUGGGCCGUGGGCUGCAUUUUCGGGGAGCUGCUGACGCUGUCGCCGCUGUUCCCGGGGGAGAACGACAUCGAGCAGCUCUGCUGCGUGCUGAGGGCACUGGGAACGCCCAGCGCCAGGGACUGGCCGGAGCUGUCGCAGCUGCCGGAUUUCCCCAAGCUGCGGUUCCGGCCGCGGGCGGCGCCGCCGCUGCAGCUGCUGGUGCCGGGCGCUGACCCCGCUGCGCUGGACCUGCUGCAGCAGCUGCUGCGCUACCGGGCACGGCUGCGGCCCCGGGCACACCAGGCCCUGCUGCACCCCUUCUUCUUCGGGCCGCAGGAGCUGAGCCCCCCCCCGGCCCCGGGGGCGCCCCGGCAGCCCCCCGAGUUCAGCCUGGACACGGCGCUGCAGCUGCCCCCCCGCGGGGCCCUGGGACCCCUCCCCAAAAUGGGGAACCCCCAUUGACACCCCCAGCCCUGCACUGCCCCCCCGCGGGGCCCUGAGACCCCUCCCCAAAAUGGGGAACCCCUGAGAGACCCCCACUGACCCCCCCAACCCUGCACUGCCCCCCCCUGGGGCCCUGGGACCCCUCCCCAAAAUGGGGAACCCCCAUUGACACCCCCAACCCUGCACUGCCCCCCCGCGGGGCCCUGGGACCCCUCCCCAAAAUGGGGAACCCCUGAGGGACCCCCAACCCUGCACUGCCCCCUAAGGGGCCCUGGGACCCCUCCCCAAAAUGGGAAACCCCCAUUGACACCCCCAAACCUGCGCU